UCCAAGCAGCCCUUAUCUUCUCUCUUCUUUUGUUACUCGUCAUUAUUUUCCUCCACACAGACACGUCUUCGAAGAACCAAGUCAAAAAAUGCUCUCAGAUUUCUGAUCCAACCCCUUACCUGCCAAUUAAAAAGCAUAAAGUUUAGUUGAUUUUUCUUUAUCUUACUCAAAACCAAUUCCUCUUUAUCUACCCCAAAACCUCCAAUAUCUCUAUCUCCGUAAUCCAGAUCGGCGAUGUUGAGAGUGAGACCGGCGAUGGAUUUUCUUGUCCAUGACCCAGAUCGUUGCUCUGAUUCUCGGUAUGAUUCUUUCUGUUCUAUGGGUAUGAGAAAGCCAAGGGUAAUGUUAUUGUGUUAAAAUGGAGUUCUCAUAAAGCUCUACGUCCAUUCUCUUUUAGUACUCCCUUUUCUAUAAAGUUUUCAAUGGCUUCCGCGAGCACUCAAAAAGCCUGUACAUAUUCAUCAUCGUUAUCUUCUUUUACACCACCAUGGAAAUACGAUGUUUUUCUGAGUUUCUAUGGUGAGGACACCCGUAAGAAUUUCACAGAUCAUUUAUAUACCUCUUUGAAACAAAAAGGCAUCAACGCUUAUAGAGAUAACGAAAAACUUGAGCAAGGAACAUCCAUUGCUUCAGGACUCAUGAAAGCAAUAGAAGAAUCCAAGUAUGCUAUUAUUGUUAUUUCAGAAAACUAUGCCUUUUCAAAGUGGUGCUUGAAUGAACUUGUCAAAAUUCUUGAAUGCAUGAAAGACAAGGGGCUGAGAGUUCUGCCUGUUUUCUACCAUGUAAAACCCUCUCAUGUUGGGGAUCAGAAUGGGACUUUUGAGAAAGCGUUCCUUAAGCAUAAAGAAGACCCCGAGGUUAGCAUAGAAAAGAUACAAAAGUGGAGAGCUGCGCUGACAGAAGUGAGCAAGAUCUGCGGGAGGCAUUUAAUUGAUAGUUAUGAAUCAGAAGAUAUCCAGGAAAUCACAAAAGGCAUAUUUGAUGAAUUGAAUCGUGAAUUCCCAGAUUUUUCUGAGCACCUUGUUGGAAUACACUCACGUGUGACGGAAAUGAUGAACUUAUUUGGUACAAUGUCAGAUGAUGUUCAUUAUAUAGGGAUCUGGGGAAUUCCUGGGAUUGGUAAAACCACUCUAGCAUAUGUCAUUUAUAACAAAAUUCGUCAUCAAUUUGAAGCUAGCAGCUUUAUUUGUAAUGUUAGAGAAACAGUUGAAAAACAUGAUCUAGUUUAUUUACAAAAGCAACUUGUUUCUGAGACCCUCAAGGUAAAAGAAGUAAACAUAUGGAACCAUCGUCAGGGGAUCAAAGUCAUAAAGAAGAGACUACUCAAUAAGAAGGUUCUUAUUGUUAUUGAUGAUGCUGACAAAGACGAACAAUUACAGGCAUUAGUAGGGAAUCGUGAUUGGUUUGGUCUAGGGAGUAGGAUCAUUAUCACAAGUAAAGAUAAGCACUUGCUAGAAAGGCAUCGCGUGGUUACCAUACAUAAGGUUAAUGGAUUAGAUAAUGAUGAAGCUCUGGAGCUCUUUAGUUGGACUGUGUUUAACCAAACCUAUCCUAAAAAAGAUUUUGUGGAUUUGUCCAAUGAUUAUUUGAAGUAUGCUAAAGGGCUCCCUUUAGCUCUUAAAGUUUUGGGUUCUUCCUUGAUUGGUAGACCAAGAAAGGAAUGGGAAGAUUACCUACAUCAAUUAGAAGAAAUCCCUGAAGGAGAAAUUCUAGAUAAACUAGAAAUAAGUAAGAGGGGAUUGAAUGAUACAAAGCAAAAUCUAUUUUUGGACAAAAACCGAGUGGCACAUAUGGAAGGUUUUGGUUGUUACAAGAAUAUAGAAACUCUCAAGGACAAAAUUGUUCAUCAUAAAUCACCUCAAGAGCUUGGAAAAUGUCGUAGGUUUUGUCAUUGUAAUAAGGAUGCAUUUCAUGUACUAAAUAAUGAUAAUGGAACAGGAUCUGUAGAAGGCUCGGUGCUAAAUUCACCUCUACAUAGAGAAAACUUGAAUGCCAAAGCUUUCUCAAAUAUGAAUGGUCUAAGGUUUAAUGAUAUUUGUAAUGUCAACCAUCCUAUUGACCUCAGUUUUAUUUCUAAUAAGUUACGAAUGAUGGAAUUGCAUGAUUAUCCUUUGAACUUCAUGCCAAUGAGUUUUCAACCGAAUAAUCAUGUUGAAUUCAUGAUGCCUCAAAGCUGCAUUGAGCAAUUACCUGAGGAAUUUAGUAAUUUGGCCAAGCUAAGACUGCCAGAUCUUAGCGACUCUAAAGACUUGGUCAAGACUCCCCACUUAGCACAAGGGAUGGAGCUAGCUAAACAGCGUCAAAUCCACCUCAAUGCGCCAUUAUCAUCGCAUGAGACCAGUGAAUUGUUAGGGGAAAAUUUCUUAGCUUCAUAUGAAAAGGCAUAUUCAAUGCUCAAUUUGAGCAGCUCAAAGGGUGAACCACAACCCAUACGAGGAUCAAUUGGAAUGUCCGAAUCUCCACCAUCUCUAGCUGGCAGUCCACCAAGUGAAGAUUCAAGGGAACUUGAGGAUCAGGAGCACAUAGAUGCUUCUAAAAGGAGGUGGACUGAACAAGUGAGAGUUACCACUGGGAUGGGACUUGAAAGGCCUCUUGAUGAUGGCUAUAGUUGGAGGAAAUAUGGGCAGAAAGACAUUCUUGGAUCCAGUUAUCCGAGAGGCUACUAUAGAUGCACUCAUCGAUAUGUCCUAGGUUGUUUGGCUAGAAAGCAUGUUCAACGAUCCGAUGAAGACCCAGCUGUGUUUGUAGUCACUUACCAAGGAAGACACACAUGUACCCAAGCCUUAGCUUCCAGCACAAUACCUCCAUCCCCAUCAUUACCCGUGAGACUAGGGAUGGAGCUAGCUAAACAGCUUGAAAUCCAUCCCAAUUUGUCAUCUUCAUCGCAUGAGGCCCGUGAAUUCUUAGCGGAAAUGAUCUUGGGUUUAUAUACAAAGGCAAUUUCAAUGCUCAAUUUGAGCAGCUCACUGGAUGAGACACAACUCAUAGGAGGUGCAAUUCGAAUGUUCGAAUCUCUAGCUGACGGACUACGAAGUGAAGAUUCAGAUCGGGAACUUAAGGAUCAGAAGCACAGAGAUGUAUAUAGAAACAGAACAUCGCCAAGGUGGACUGUACAAGUGAGAGUUAGCUCUGAGAUGGGACUUGAAAGGGCUCUUGAUGAUGGCUAUAGUUGGAGGAAAUAUGGGCAGAAAGACAUUCUUGGAGCCAAUUAUCCGAGAGGCUAUUAUAGAUGCACUCAUCGACGUGUCCAAGGUUGUUUGGCUACAAAGCAAGUUCAACGAUCCGAUGAAGACCCAACUGUGUUUAAAAUCAAAUACCGAGGAAGACACACAUGUGCUCUCGCGCCUUCUGCCUCUAAAACAAAGCCCGUUCACAGAAGUGCACUAUAGACGUUCUCUUUGGAGAUUUUUUAGCAAAUGUGAAUCUCACCUUUGUGCGCUUUUUUAUAUUUUAUAUUAAAAAAAAAAUUCCUAAAUUGAGUGUUAGCCCUGAGAUCUU